CCUGUUUGUUUUUAGCCGAAACAAACGCCAGUUCAAGUACCAGGACUUGCCGUUGGCACUAAUGCCUCCAUCGAUCCGCGCGUACGUUGUCGACCACCACGGGGUGCGCGGCCUCGCACGCCUCGGGUACGGCUACGUCAAGCGCGCGAUGAGCCUCUUCGUCGUCUUUCUUCUUGCAAUGGACGCCGUCGUCAACAACUGGGCGCUAAGCAACUACCUCGCAGGCGGCUACAUGCGCGGGUACUCGAUCGCCAACAUGUCCAACAUGGGCCAGUGGAUGGCCAACUACACGGUCGUCAACUUGGUCAGCAAGAACGACCGCGUCUUCGCAAUUUCCGCCGGCGAGUUUGAGCUCACGCCGUCGACCGUCCUCUGCCCCAUCUUUCAAGGCAACUAUUCCGUGGAUCUGAGCGUCUCAAACAAGGUCAAGCUCGCCGUCGCAGCCGACGCGACGACCUUCUACCGCGGCAACGCCUUCACCCAUGCGACCAAUGCCAACGACAAGGUGCCGGCCGGUGCCACCAGCGUCGACCUCCUCCGGCAUGGGUACCUCCCGGGGCGGACAACCGUCGACAAGCGCUUCACGCGUGAUAUCGUCCUCGCCAACACGCCGACACCCCAAACGCAGGUGGUGCCGUACUUCCGCAUCUACUCGCGCAACUACUGCACCGGCUGCGACGCGGUCGCGGAGCUUGGGUACUCGACAUGCGAGCUCUCGAUGGUUUACAAUGACGCGACCAAGACGCUCACGGUGACGUCCAGUGCGUUCGUGCCGGGCUCGACGUACCAGCUCGGGUUCACGGUCGUCAACUCGGCGAUGGCGCUCACCGCCCUCAUCGUCAAGCUCCUUGCGAUUUUUGUGGGCGUUGGCGGGUACAUUGCGAGCCGCCGGACAGUGCAGUGGCUUGAAGUGGACCCGGCAAAACCCGACUCGUUUAUCGCCAAGGUGAUUCGCACCGUCGUGCCAAAGUACUUUCCGUUUCCGUCCGAAGCGCUGAGCUACGACAUGCUGCUCUUCAACUCGGACAUCUUUGUCUAUCUGUACACACUCUCGGUCGUCCUCGAUUUGCAAAAUUGUCUGCGCUACGCCCGCGAUGUCAGCGUCUACAACGCGCCGGCGCCGCAAGCGCUCGUGUCGAUCGAGAUCUUUGCGCUCUCGUUCCGCCUUCUCUGGCUCAACCUCGUCAUCCUCAAGCUCUGCAAGCUGCUCUGGAACCUCCUCGGCAUUGCGUCGUUCAAUGGCCAGAGCGUCAUGAUGGGCUUCUUCAACUUCUCGAGCGUCACGGCCUUGUACCUCAGCGGCCUCUCCCUCUUCUUCAUCCCGUCCUUUAUCGACUAUUGCAACUCGGACAACCACGAGCUGUACCACCACACCGAGCCACUCGACGGGAUCCGCGUCGAGGUCGUCCACGGCAUUUACAUCCGCGUCGCGCCGUACGUCGUGUUCGUGCUCCUCGUCAAUAUCGUCGUCAUCCUCGUGCUCGACCACGUGUGGAACCUAUCGCAUUGGAAAAUGCUGCGCAAAAACAGCUUGGCGCGCCAAGCUGUCUACAACAGCACGUCGAUCAUGUGCGACUUUCUCUGGGGCAUCGAGCCGCACGAGCUCCCGACCGGUCCUGGCUCGGUCGUCUCCAUCAGUGCGCGCCGGCUGAGUACGCUCCAAUGGUUUUACAUGAGCCAUUUAACGUGUUUUGGCUUGCCGGCCAAAGACCUCCUUGCAAAGAAACGAACCGUGCUGACAGUGCACGUCAGGUCGCUGCCCACCAAGUCGGUGUCGUCGCCCGACGAACCGCCGUCGGCCACAGCCGAUGCGAUGGACGAGUACUUCAUGCUGGCGCAGGACGGCGACGCCAACAUCCACAUCCUCGACGGCAACCUCACCGAAGUCCCCAGCGUCGUAUACAACGUCAAGAUCCUCAAGAACGCUUUCAUCAAACUCAAGUAG